UGUAGCUCGGAGAGAACUAGGGUUUUUGGCGAUGGCGAUGGCGACGGCGGCUCCAGGUAUGGAUCGUCCCCGGCUGGUAAAAUCAUCAAGACCUAGCUGGCUGCGGAUCCACGGCCAUUGAGCAGCGCCAGCGACAGUGGUGUGCUUGGGGAGCUGCGAUUUCGCGACGACGAGGAUUUAUGUUUCGGUUACAAGGGGGAUGGAAGCUUGGCAUUCGGGGGUUUAGCGCGAGGCGGCCGUCGCAGAGAGGAGAGCAUUGUGACAAAUGUCCCGGGAGGGUAUUGCAUGUAAAAGCAGGAACUUGGCGCUGGUACCCACGACCUUCAUCUGGCCUCAUGGGGGCGCACAGGUCCUUCUCUGCGGAUCCUUCACAAGCUGGCUCACAACGCUACCAAUGACUCCUCUCGAGAACUGUCCAACCGUGUUCCAAGGGACCUUCAACUUGCCUGUUGGCUAUCAUGAGUACAAGUUUAUUGUGGAUGGACAGUGGAGAUGGGAUCAUCAAGGGCCCGUGGCACACGAUCUGCACGGAAAUGUAAAUAACUGUGUUACUGUGAAGAUUCCAGAGCUUGCAUCGUCCCCAAACGGGGACGGUGGAACGUCGGGAUCGAACAUGGACGUUGAUCAAAACUCCGGCCACCACAUGAUAGAUUUGCAAGAUGGCCAUCAGCAGCCACGACCGCAAGCCAUCUCCGCUGGUGAGGUUGAAACCUCCAAGCAGAGGCUUGCGGAAUUUUUGCUCAAUCAUACUGCCUACGAAUUAAUUCCUGAGUCCGGCAAGGUGAUUGUCUUGGACGUCAUGCUGCCUGUAAAACAAGCGUUUCAUAUUCUUUAUGAGCAGGGUUUGACCGUAGCUCCUUUAUGGGAUUCUGAAAGGCAGCAAUUCGUUGGCAUGCUUAGCGCAUCUGACUUCAUUAUCAUUUUAAGACAGCUUGGAAACUUAGGAUCUAUGCUAUCCGAGGAGGAGCUUGAUACUCAUACCAUCGCUGUGUGGAAAGACGAGAAGUCCACUUUCUUCAGAGUUCGUCGACAAAGACACCUUAUUUCUGUUGGCCCUGAUGAUUCCUUGAGACAACUCACGGACAAGCUACUGAUGAACGAGGUCGCAACGCUCCCAGUGCUAACUCACGUAGCACAGGAUGGAUUCGUCCCACAGGUGUUACAUCUCGCGACGCUCUCAGACAUUCUAAAAUGUAUGCUGAGGCAUUUCCGGCAUGUUCCUUCGUGGCUGCCUCUCCUGCUGCAGCCUUUGUAUGCACUGCCACUGGGAACAUGGAGUCCCGAGGUCGGCGGUGCAAAUUGCCGACCUUUGGCAAUGCUCCGGGCGAGCGCACCUCUCAGCGCCGCGUUUUCGCUUCUCCUGCAAGCCAAUGUGAGCGCGCUACCAAUACUUGACGACAAUGGUUCACUUAUUGACGUCUACACUAGAAGCGACAUUACGUCGUUAGCAAGAGACAGAGCGUAUGCAACUGUGCAUCUUCACGAGAUAACAGUCGGACAAGCUUUGCAAAUGGGCCAGGAUAACAACAGGACCGGAGGAUCAUCCGUUGGGACUCGGUGUCAUAUGUGCCUACGCUCACACACGCUCCGAGACGUGAUUGAGCGGCUCGCAACGCCAGGCGUCCGGCGAGUGAUUUGCGUUGAAGCUGGCAGCCGACAUGUCGAAGGCAUUAUUUCUUUGCGGGAUGUUUUCAGAUUCUUGACGUCAUAGCGAGCUUUUCUCACGGACGAGACGACGAAGCAACGAGAAAAAUUCACGACGACAACUUCCACCCCUCUCUGUAUUAGUAGCACCAUCAAACUAAUUCACGACUCCUCGGACCGGUUUCUUUUUAGGAGGUGCCAUGCCACAAGGAAGAAGAAAGGAAGGAAAGGAAAACACAACAGAGGCCUCUCUCAUUCUUGUUUUUUCUAUUCUCUUUUCUAAGAACGUGAGGAAGAACAAAGACGUUUUGGGUU